GCAGAGACAAGAACAAGAAGUGACUGGUUGGCGGUUGCUAACCACUUGUCUAACAAAGGCUAAGUAUGUUUCUCUCUCAUUUCUUCUUAAGCGAAUGUUGAUGCAGUUAACACUCAAAUGGUGGUCACAAACUCAAGCGAAAAUCAAAUGGAAAUGGACUCCAAUUAUGAUAGGAAAAGCGAGUUAAAAGCCUUUGAUGAUACAAAAGCCGGUGUGAAAGGACUUGUAGAUGCUGGGUUAACAAAGAUUCCUCGUAUAUUCAACAGCCAACAGUUUAUCUGCAAUCACAACUCAACAAGUAGAUCUGAUCAGCUCGAUAUUCCUGUCAUAGACCUUAAAGGUAACCUUGAAGAUUCAAGUUUAGACGCAAAGAUCAUCGACAAAGUUCGAAGCGCAUGCGAAAAGUGGGGUUUCUUUCGGCUGAUCAAUCAUGGAGUUCCUAAUAAUAUCUUGGAUGAGACACUCGAUGGAGUCCGGAGAUUUCACGAGCAAGGCACUGAAGCUAAGAAAGAAUUCUAUACACGCGAUUUCUCAAAAAAGGUGCUUUACAUGUCAAAUUUUGAUCUGUAUCAAGCAGGUGCGACCAAUUGGAGGGAUUCAUUUGUUACUUUCAUGGCUCCUGAUCCUCCCAGCCCUCAAGAAUUGCCUGAUGUGUGCAGAGACAUAGUGAUUGAAUACACAAACCAAGUAAUGAAAUUGGGAAAUACCCUAUUUCAGUUGCUAUCACAGGCUCUCGGGCUUAAUCCCUAUCACCUCAAGGACAUGGGUUGUGCCAAGGGCCUCUUAUUUUUAGGUCACUAUUAUCCACCAUGUCCUGAGCCAGAGUUAACCAUGGGCACUACCCAACAUACAGAUGGUAACUUUAUCACCAUACUUGUGCAAGACCAAAUAGAAGGUCUCCAAGUUCUUCAUCAGGAUCAAUGGGUGGAUGUGUCUCCCUUGCACGGAUCUCUAGUAGUAAAUAUCGGAGAUCUUCUUCAGCUCAUCUCCAAUGACAAGUUUAUUAGUGUUAAUCACAGAGUGCUAGCAAAGAAAGUUGGGCCAAGAAUUUCAGUGGCAUGUUUCUAUAGGCCACAAAUUCAGACAGGAAGUAGCUCAGAAAUUUAUGGACCAAUUAAGGAAUUGUUGUCAGAAGAAAAUCCUCCAAUUUACAGAGAAACAGAUGUAAAGGACUACAUGAGAAUCUACUUCUCCAAAGGUCUUGAUGGCACAUCUCCACUUGUACAUUUCAAGCUCUAAAACUUUAUUAGGGCGUUAGGCUUCUAAGAAUUUUAGGAACUUCGAACGAAGACUCCAAAUUUUGUGAAGCCUUGGUUGCGGUAAUAGAUGAUAAUUGAUAUGUUUUGCAAAUAAUUUGCAUAAUAAACAUGCCCAUAUUUAUGUUUUAA